AUGUCGUCCGCUUUCGCAUUGACCAUGACGCCGACGUCUUCCCCACCUACCUCGCGCGUCGCUUCGAGACGAGGCUCGGUCGUUUCCAUCAACCGACCGCCCUUGGUCAAUAGGGGAUCCACUUCCGUCGCUGGCUCCAGGGCUUCCUCACCUCAACGACCCGUCAACCCCGAGUCAGAGUUCAUUGGGUCCGUUUCCGGGGAGAGGCAGAAGGACUCGAGGAAGCAACGGGAGCACUGAUCUGACGUUGGUCUAAACCUAGCUCCAUCGACUGCGGUACAAGUUCGUGUCGGUUCUACAUCUUUGAUCAAUAUGCCAACGUCAUCUGCUGGCACCAAAAGGAAUUCGAACAGCGUAAGGCAGCAUCUCUCCGUUCAUCACGUGCCGCACCCCACACAUUUUGGGCGCGAGAGGAGACACUUCCCCGCUUUCGAUCGGUCAUGGGUUCAUGGGGCUGACGUCAAACACUCUCCUAUUUCGAUCCCUCCGCUCUUUCUCCGUGACCUCCACCCUUCUGCUCGAACACAGUUCAUAUCGAACCAGGAUGGCACGAACACGACCCUUUGACGUACACGAAGUGCAUCGAUGCGUGCAUCGUCCAAACGCUCAAAGAGUUCCAAGAGCUUGGAUACAAACAGUCUAUGAUCAAGGGGGUUGGUAUCGCCGUGCAGAGGGAGACGACGCUCGUAUGGGAUAGGACGACAGGCAAACCUUUGCACAAUGCUAGUGAGUUUUUACCUUAUGGGCUUGGUUCGGAGGUCGGGGCGUGGUGGAGCUGAUGGAAAACGAUGAACCACACUUUUGCUGUUGCAGUCGCUUGGCCCGACGCUCGUAACGCCGCGACCGUUCGAGCUUUGAAGGAGCGAGCCGCUUCGGUCACAUUCAACACACCAGAUGGGGACAUGAAGGGAGAAGACGCCGUACGGGUCAUCACUGGAUUACCUUUCAGGUUCGUCGCACGCGAUUCAGCAGAAUUCUUGACGCUCUUGAGCUCACCGUGUCUGACAUUAUUCCCCUCCGACAGCACUUACUUCUCGGCAACGAAAUACGCUUGGUUAUUGGAGAACUGUAAGGAGGUACAAGAAGCCAAGGAGAACGGCAACUUGAUGAUCGGUACCGUCGAUGCUUGGCUCCUAUGGGUGGGUCAGACUAAUUCGGCUCGAGUCCACGCUUCGAGCAUGUACUGAGCAUCUCGCCGAACACCACAGAACUACACAGGAGGUGUCAAAACUGGAAAACACAUUACGGACUUGACAAACGCCUCGCGCACAUUGUUGCUCUCCCUGCACACGCAACAAUGGGACGACCAACUGCUCGACUUCUUCGACUUGCCUCGUUCGGCUUUACCGACGCUCGCUUCGAACUCUGAGGACUAUGGUCAAUUCUUUGAGGGUCAUAUUUUGGAAGGAAUCCCAAUCGCUGGGCUGGUCGGGGAUCAACAGGCGGCUUUGGUGGGGAACAAGUGCCUGGAGAAGGGAAGCGCCAAACAGACAUACGGCACGGGAUGCUUCAUGUCAGUGAAAAGAUGGCGCUGCGGGUUGGGAAAGACCGAAAGCUGAUUUUUGGAACUGGGUUCGAAUAGGCUCUACAACACCGGAAGUGAUAUUGUCAAAUCGACGCAUGGGUUGCUCACAACAGUGAGUACCUUGGCGACCAUCUUGAAGAAGUCCGAGGCGCUCUGAAAUCUGAUUCUCGACAGUAAUUUUCGGUCUUGCAGGUUGGCUACAAGGCAGGGCCGAACGCCCAGAUUGCUUAUGCGUUGGAAGGAUCGGUUGCAGUAGGCGGAUCGUCGGUGCAAUGGUACGUCGCUCAAGAGCCUGCCUCUUCAGGGCAAAGGUAAGCUAGCUGACUUGCCGACUGUGUGGCUUUUCUUUUCUCAAGGCUGCGCGAUAACCUUGGCCUGAUCAAGAAUGCCAAAGAGGCUGGCGAGCUCGCUGAAGAGGUCGAGGAUACGGGAGGUGUCUAUUUCGUCACGGUCAGUUUGAGGACUUGAGCUAUUUUCUUUGGACUAGAAUCUUCUCAGCAACUGACCAUCCUUGCGGGCAUCUGCAGGGUUUCUCGGGUUUAUUCGCCCCUUACUGGGACAUGGCUGCGACGGGGAUGUUAAUCGGUCUAUCGACCUAUACGACCAAGCACCACAUCUGUCGAGCGACGUUGGAAGCGACCUGUUUCCAAACUCGUGCGAUCCUCGAAGCUAUGACCAAGGACACGCAGGGACAUGCUUCACCUGAGGGCAGCGUCUCGAAUGGACGAGACGACGGCGACAGCGAUGACGAGGCGGACUUUAAGCCCAAGGCUGUCGGGGCGGGGAGCAUGAAGGCGCUCAAGGUCGACGGGGGCAUGACGUCGAGUGAUGUGACGAUGCAGUUGCAGGCAGAUAUCUUGGGCAUUCGCGUCGAACGACCGACGAUGAGGGAGUAAGUUGACGAGGAGAAACUAUCACUCACGUUAGGCAAGAACCUGCUUUGAUUGACAGUGGUUUCGUCCCAUUGCCUACCUCAGAUCCACAGCUCUAGGAGCAGCCCUGCUCGCCGGUUCGGCCUUGAAUCUCUUCGGUUGGGACCUCGAGGACCCCUCGACGUUGCGCAAAGUCAACGAGUUCGGUAUGGAGCUGUUCAUGCCUUCGAUCGACGCGCAGGAGCGCGAGUGGAAGUUCGCGGGCUGGAACAGGGCCGUCAAUAGGGCGAUGGCUUGGAAAAGUGAGUUGUAAAGACAGUCAAUGAAUCCCUUUUGGUGUUGAGAACGGGGAGCUGAUGCCGAUAUCGGAUUGGUGGUCGGCAGCCAACUCGGGUCACGGUUGAUGGGACUCGGAGAGACUGGGUUUUAUGUGGUCGUAUUCAUGGUUUUUCCUUAUGGCUUAUCCCGUAUCGGCUUCCGUUAGGUUCAUUCACUUCAAUUGAAAUCUCAGUAAUUCCUCGGAAUCUGACAGAGUUCAGCUUAUAUCUUGUAUGAGCUAAAAUUUGACUCAAAUACUGAUCGAUGGCUGUGUCAAGGUCGUCGCUCGUUGUCGUCUCUUUCAGAUCAUCCUCCAACGAUGGCGAUCGCAGCACUCCGGACGUCCCUGCGCCGAGCAUCAGCCACAAUACGCACAUCAUGUUCAACACCCACUAGGGUUCCAAGCCAUCGCUCGUUUUGGUCCUCGGCAUCCUCUACAGCAACAGGAGCAGCCUCAGCAGCCGCCUCGUCCUCGACGUCGUCGCUUCCGUUCCUGUCCACCUUCACCUCCACCUUUUCCGAAAUCCCUUCCAUAGCCCCCGACGUUUUCCCACUCCUGCUCGCCGUUCUCCUCACAACCCUCGACGAAGACGACCCCUCCUCCUCCCUCACACCCCCCUGGACCGUGCUGCCGACCUCCUCAGGAUCGGGUUACGGCGCCUUCGCUUCCUCCUCCCUAAACCUAGGCCAACUCCUCAUCGCCGAACGACCCCUCUGCAUCUGGCCCCAAGGUCUUUCCGAACAAGAAGCGCAGAAACUGUUCGAUCGUUUGACUGACGAUAAGAAGAAGGUUUAUUUGAGUUUGGCGGGGGAGGGGAGCAAGGAAGGUGAUGGGGAUGGACCGACGGAUCGGGUUAGGGCUGUGAGAGCUACGAAUGGGUUUGGGAUCGAGUUGCCGGAGAGUGGAGGGAUUGGGAUUGUAGUGGGGAUGGUGUUCCCUAAAAUUGCGAGGUGAGUUUUAGGGGGGAAGCAGUGGGGAGAAGGGGUAGAAGAGGGGGGGGGGGAGUGGAACCUGGAGGUCCAUGUGGGGCCCAAGAUCAGUGAGCAAUCGCGGAUGCCUCAAGUGAGUGACUAACUAGGCAAAUCUCCCGAUACAUCACAGGAUCAAUCAUAGCUGGUGAGUCUUCACAUGGGUUGUCAAAGUACUCGGUCCGCCAAAUCAGCCGAAUUCUGAACUCCGAGGCAAAAUUCUUCUCCUCGGACAGUCGACCGAAUGCUGCACAGGCCAUGAAUGUACAUUUUCAGCACCAAUCACAUAUCAUUACUUCACUAAAGAGGCAAUAAUCUAAACCGGACUUUCUUCCACGUGCAGUUCCGCACCCUUCGAAUGGAAGUCUACCCCCUGACCUCGAUCGCCCCCUCGUCCGAAAUCACGAUCGAAUACCUCCCCCUCAUCACCCAAUCCCGAGCCCAGCGGCAAAAAACGCUCCAAAGUACAUUUGGCUUCUCUUCCUGUCUGUGCCCUUUAUGUACCUCCUCCCCUCAAGAGAUGGAAGCUUCGGACCUUCGAAGGGCGGAAUUGAGUCGAUUGGCGAAGGAAGUCAAGCAAGGUGGAAGGACGGGGGAUCGCAAGGGUACGAUCAAGAGACUGGAGAGGAUGAGGGUCGUUUUGCUGGAGGAAGGGUAUGAGGGCAUGCCCGAGUUUGAGGAUGAGGGCGUUUCGAAUGCUUAUGCGGCUUAUCGUACGAUGAGGAUCAGUCAGGGGAGGGAAGAAAAUUGA